CGCUGAUUGGCUGCGGCCUGGAAUGGUGCCAGGUCAUUGGCUAUGGCUUAAAGGGUGGGCGGAGAUUGGAUGGGGAGGUAUCAGUCGCAGUCUACUUUCUUGAUCUCCGGUUUCAAGGAAUUUGUCCUUGUGUCGACCAUUGGGACCUACGCAACACCGCUUCGGGGGAAUUUGGGACUCUUGUGUCUUCUGGAGCUCCUGGAACCUAUGGAGCUGCAGGUAGAAUUCAGCCCCCAAAACUAAUUGUUCUGAAGCAUGAACUCCAAAAGCACAAGGAUGAGGCAUGUUCACUCCAAGGAACUAUGCAAGCUGGCUGCGCGGUCACGGCGGUUGAGUUAUAUUCUGCCAACACAAAUCCAGAGGUGCAAGAAUUUCAGAGAGUGGAGCUGUCAUGUAUAAUCAAAAACACAAACACAGACAACCCGCGCGUCGAGUGGAAGAAGAUGCGGAAUGAUGACGUCUCUUACGUUUACUUUGACAAAAUGAUUCAAGGAGACUUGAGAAAUCGGGCCGAGAUCAAGGGUGGGAUUUCCCUGGUGAUUUUCAAUGCCAGCCGCACAGACACCGGGAGGUAUCGCUGUGAAGUUGCUGCAGCUGAAGACCAGAAGAGGUUCGCAGAAAUCACUGUCAACCUAACAGUAACAGUGAAACCUGUGACACCUCAGUGUAGAGUACCCAAAGCUGUGCCUGUGGGCAAAACCGCUGUCCUCCAUUGCCAGGAAAACGAAGGAUACCCCAAUUCUGUAUAUCGCUGGUACCGGAACAGUGAAGCCCUGCCUGAUGACUCUAAAGCCAGCAUAAAGUUCCUAAACUCCUCCUUUACCCUCAACUCAAGUUCCGGGAUCUUGUUGUUUUCUGCUGUGAACAAAGGAGACAUGGGACAGUAUCACUGUAUAGCCAGCAAUUCUGCCGGUUCCGCGCGUUGCGAUGCACAGCUUCUAGAAGUUUAUGACUUGAAUAUUGGCGGCAUCGUUGGAGGAAUCCUGGUUGUGGUCGUGGUGCUGGCCCUCAUCACAGUUGGCAUAUGUUGUGCUUAUCGGAAAGGUUACUUUGCAAACAGCAGGCCCAGUGGUAAAAGUUACAAGAAUGCUUCAAAGACAGAUGGUGUAAACUACCUGCGGACAAGUGAUGAGGGCGAUUUCAGACACAAGUCUUCAUUUGUUAUUUGAAGAAUCUAUAUAUAUCUUAAAGCGUCUUUGGGAAAAGGCUCUGAAAAAUUGCACUGCAAAGGGUGAAGACCACGCAUCACUAUGAACCGUUUUCAGUUUUGCCAAAGCAUAACCUGUCUACCCUCAGCCGAAAACCACGACCUCGGCUUCCUAAGUGCGGGAAGAUGGAAAUGUGGAGACGGAUUGUUGAACUGUAAGAAGGUGGGGGCGCGGGGGGGGGGGGGGGGGUCUGGAUCCAAGUAUCAGUAUUAACACCAACACUGCCAAAUACUGAAACCUUCUAUUUUUUAAACCUGACAGAAAAUCAGACGACUGCGCUGGAGACUUUUCUAUUAAUUAACUUUUUUUUUUUUUUUAAAUCUGCAAAAGAGAGGCUUCUCUCGUUCUGUUUUUUAAAACUUUUUUUUUCUUCUUUUUAUCCAAAGCACAAAAGCUUCAGCACUGAACAAACCAUUUUAAAAGUGUUCUUUUUAACCUAUUUUGGGCAAGAGAUGAGAUGGAGAUUUUACUGCUCUUCUCUGAGAAAGGGUUUCGGGUCACUUGAUGUUUGUUUCUGAAUGUAAAUAAGUUUUCCUUCACUUAGACGAGUGCAGUUCAAGGAUUGAGUUCUUCUCGUACGCUGCAUUGUUUUUAGCCUUGAAUCUGAAGUGACUGAAGUAAUGUAUUGCACUCGGUGGUGUCAAGCUCUUCCGCCUCCGUUUCCAGCAUACAUGGGGUUGGUCCUCUAAAUGGGAUCGCUGGUUUUAAGAACUAUUUUAUAUACGUAUUAGUCAUGCAGUAUUUGGACAUAGCAAUUGUCAGUGUGUGGUGGACGCUCUGUACAUGUAUCUAACAUCCUACCGAAAACACAUUGUUGUGCUCAUCACAUCAGCAUUAUUGUUAUCUGCUCAUACUGUAAAACCGAGAAACUUUUUCUCCUUUCUUUGUACAAUACAGCUGUAUUAUUCUGUUUCACCUCACGGGUAUCUGAAAAAAAAUAUUUUUGCUUUGAAACCA